UUUUAGAUAGCUAGUUCGACUCGAAACAGUAACACAUUAGAUUUUUCUCUCUGUAUUUUGUGAUUUUUGCCUCAAUUUUGACGCUAUUUAUAAUAAUAAUUGGACUCAUUCGAAGUGCUAAACCGUGUUCAACUAAAGUUUUUUUUCGUUAUUUUUCGGUAAAUUUGCACAGAAGACAAUUUACUUAGUGAUUGACAAAUAAAAAUAACUGUGUUAUUCCACCACACGACGAAUCGCGUCGCCAUUUUAGUUUACAAACUUUAGUGUCGUUGAUCGAUGGAGAAUAAUAUGGAAUUGGAAGAGGCGUUAGCUGACUGCUUUGGGGAAAGCGAUAAUGUAAGGUUGCGUCGGGGUCUCGCCAAAGUGAAUAUAGUGAAGCUUCGUACAGCGACCCACAAGGACAAGGUAAGUAGCACAGAAUAUAUUGAUCUGACUAAGUCACCAGCUGACUUGAUAUAGCCACAUUUGGAGAUUUCGAUUUUGUGACAAUUUGGCUCUACAAUGUGGAAAAAACGCAGAAAUAGACAUCUAAAAUAUCAAAAUAGAAGUCUAUUUUUGCAGUUCCACGUUGUUGAUUCAAAUUAUUGUUGCCACAAAUUCAAAUGCCCUAUGUAAAAUCUACAUUGUAAAUGACUAUUUAGAGUCAGUUGGAUGAUCGGUCAGUUCAAUGAGGAGGUAUUUGUUUCUAAUGGACUUUGUCCAUUAGACAAAACAUCACCAGGGGGUCCUCCUGUGGGGGAGACUCCCCGGGGGAAGUAAACUUUUUUUAGCAUACCGCAUGUCUGCAAUCUCUGCAGACUCUGCAUCAUGCGGUCAAAAGGAUUUAUGGCCAUAAUUAACGGAAGAGUCCGAGGAAGAUCCGACGGAAGAACCGGACCCGGCGAAUCCUGAGGAAUCUGGUAACAUUGUCCAGCAACCAUACGCCGAACCAGUGCAGGAAGUAAGAGCCGAUGAUCAACAGGUCUACACCCCACUACGCAAGGUCCAUUACACCCAACCACCUAAGUGGGUCGACCCAAGAACAAUGCUGCCAAAGCCUUUAGACUUACCUGGCCCAAAGUUGGAAUUGUUUUCUUUACAAAAUCCUUCAACACAUGCGGAUGAUCCUCCUUUGUCAGAGGCUUUUGUGACUGAUGCAACACCUCAUGGUCCUCCCCAUCACGGCGAAGAAUUCAGCAAUGCCUUGGUUUCAAAUUCAGACAAGCCAACCACAACAGCCAUUGUAGAUGAUCCUCAUCGCGUCGAAGACGGUAAUAUUGAACUCGAAUCCUUUGCUGCCAUCCAAGACGACGAAGUCUGGCCACCAAUUCGCUCCGAACGAGUGUCGAUUUCCAGUCGUACUAUUGUAGUAAAACGAUUUGCAAAAUCAUCGUUUAAUGGGAAAAGCAAUCUUCAAAAAAGAAUUGAAAACAUUUUGGAGAAUAAUGGUUUAAGAGUUGAUACCGUUUCGAUUGUAACGAUGGAGCUUUUUCUAAAUGCCGAAAUUACAUUCCGUGAUCGUCGCUACGCUGUGAAAGCUAUGCAAAACAAAUGCAAGAUUGAAAAAUUCUUCAAACAAUUCCGUUCCAAAAUUGGUAAAGCCGGACGAAAUAUAUGCAAAAUGGAAAUAUUGUAUGCAUGGGAUAGUGAUGGCUUGCCAAAAAAGUACGGGGAAUACUGGUGCAGCAAAUCGGGAACCUGUUUUCUUCCGUGGCACAUCUUCCGAAAUCUUGACGACGAUGACCGUCACCACUUAGAAGACGGGUGCAUCGUUGAUGCAACAACAUUACCAACACCGAUGUCAUUGAAACAUUUCACUCUCCCGUAUGACCAACAAGUUCCAGGACUUGAAGUGGCUGUCGAAGUCGAACAGUCUGUCCCAGUCCCAGAUACUGGUGAUGGUAAUAUUGAUAUGCAAGCAAUUGAGGAUGCGCCAAUUAAAGCCCCUGAACAAAGCCAACAAAUUCCAGAACUUGAAGUGGCUGUCUCAGAUACUGGUGAUGGUAAUCUUGAAAUGCAAGCGCCCUCAUUUCCAUUGACUAAAGCCACGCUCGCAUCGCCACCACGAUCAUCGCGUCCUGUCGCACUCAAAAACAAAAAAGUGCCAAAAUUGCCGAAGAAGCUUGGAAAAUUGAAAUGUGCUAUAUGUGACCAACAUAUCUCCAACAAGUGGAACAUGAAACGGCACUUAAAAAAACAUGAAAAAACAGGAUGGUUCUUCAAAUGUGACAAAUGCCAGUUUCCGUUCACUACCAAAGACGGGUUCAAACGGCACAAGUGUGCUGCAACCGAUGACGCCUCAUUCACUUUAACGAAGUACCGCCGCUGAGC